AUGAAGGACCUUCGACGCCACGAGCUCGCCGUCACAUCGUCACACAUUAUGCAGUUCCCGCGCGAAGACAACAUGGAGUGGAUCGUCAACUACAUGUCAAUGCGCAAAGAGGGCUACAAAUCGCUGCUCCGGUUGCUGCAGUGGUUUGCGGACGGCCAUGGCUUCUCGAAACAGCGAGUUUGCCGUCAGAAGAAGACACAAGAAGACCUGGAGUCCACCUGCUUCCUCUUCGGCCAGCUGUUCCACGACACCUACCUGGACCUGUCGCCGGAUUGCCUAUACAAUGCGGAUGAUACUAGCAUCUACUUAGACAUGCGCCCAAGCUCGAUAUGGGCCGUUCGUGGUGGCGGCUCCUACGUUGCCAAUUCGGAGACCCACUCGUACCGUAUGACCGCGUUGUUGACGACGAACGAGUUCAAAGAGUACCCUCCAGGCCACUUCAACGCGAUGCAGAAGAAGGCAUGGAUGAACGGUGAUACCAGAGGCCGCCCCGGUGGAAAGCCAGUGCUUGGGAUACCGGAGUAUGUGGCCUAG